AUGGCCCAGCAAGUCAGAACCCCCCUCUGCGACCUCCUCAGCAUCCGCCAUCCCGUCCUCCUCGCCGGCAUGGCCCGCACCUCAGGCGGCCCUCUCGCCGCCGCAGUCUCCAACGCCGGCGGUCUCGGCACCGUGGGCGGACUCGGCUACACGCCCGCGCAGCUCGACGAGAUGCUCACGGAGCUCAAAUCGCACCUGGACCAGCCCAAUCUGCCCUUUGGCGUCGACCUGGCCCUGCCGCAGGUCGGCAACGGCGCCCGCGCCACAAACCACGACUACACCCACGGCCAGCUCGACGAGCUGAUCGAGGUCACCAUCCGCCACGGCGCGAAGCUAUUCGUCUCCGCCGUCGGCGUCCCGCCCGCGCGCACCAUCCGCCGCCUCCACGAGGCCGGCAUCCUGGUCAUGAACAUGGUCGGCGCCCCCAGACACGCUGAGAAAGCCAUGCAGGCCGGCGUCGACAUCAUCUGCGCCCAGGGCGGCGAGGGCGGCGGCCACACCGGCGACAUCCCCUUCUCCGUGCUCAUCCCCGCCGUCGUCGACGCCACGCGCAAGUACCGCUCGCCGCUGACCGGCCAGGCGCCGCUGGUGGUUGCGGCCGGCGGCGUCAAUGACGGGCGCAGCCUGGCGAGCGCGCUCAUGCUGGGCGCCGCGGGUGUGUGGGUGGGCACGCGCUUCGUUGCGGCCGAGGAGAGCGGCGCGAGUCGCAUGCACAAGGAGGCCGUCGUGGCUGCUGGGUUCAACGAGACGAUUCGCACCCUGGUGGUUUCGGGACGGCCGCUGCGCGUGCUGCCGAAUGAGUAUGUCAAGGAGUGGGAGAGGAGGCCCGAGGAGAUCAGGCGGUUGACGGAGAGCGGCGUGGUCCCGCUGGCGCACGAUAUGGAGGAGGGCAGGGAUGUCGAUCUGCCCUUCUUGAUGGGUCAGGUUUCGGCUCUGGUGAAGAAGAUCCAGCCUGCAAAGGAGAUUGUGGACACCAUGGUUGCUGAGGCCGCGCAGAUGCUGCGGCUGGGUAAUACGUAUUUGGUCUCGGGGAGCAAGUUAUGA